AUGUCGAAACGCGCGUCCAAACGCAGACACGCAAGCCCAGAACCGGACUUGAGUCUCACAGAAGGGAUCCCCAUCAUCAAGGCCCGUCGAUACCCCCCGCGAAAAGACGUCGAAUAUCACGUAACAGGAAGACACCGGUCGUUGUAUGAACACCAUCCUCCCCCUCGUUCCCCCAAACGCCACCGACACAAUCAGCACAUCGAAGCCAAGUCGAACACAGAUGGCGAUCUGAAGAUGAUCCCCAUGCCACCAGAUUCGCCCUCGACAGCCCUCGUUCUCAGGACAUCAGGAACACCGGGCCAUAAGAAAGACAACCGAAAGAACGACGACGACAGCUACCUGGACAUCGUGAGACGCCGCCGAAAACCUAAGCAUAAGCCCGGCCUCGAGCUGAAUCUCGAGCCCGUGAUCCACAGAGCCUCGAAACGUCGCCGCAGCAUCAUAGACGAUACCGGACGCGAGAUACAUGAGCAGCAACAGUGCAGCGACCUCGUCGUCGACAACUACCGCUUCCGUAAUCGCAUCCUGUCCCUCCUGGACGAGCAACGCUCAUCGGUCGAGUCGUGGGCCCGCAGCGUCGGCGCGGGAGGCCCGGCUGAGCCGAUGGACUGGCAGCCGGAGCAGGAGCGGGUCGUGUACAUUGCCCGCGACCUCGUGGAGUACGGGUGCUACGAGGACCGGUGGAGAAUCGGGGGUGGGCAGGAGGAGCAACCGCGGCAGCAGCUGGAGGGCAGGCCGACAGCCCAGCUCUCGUCGGAAUUAGUGUCGUGGGCCGAUCAGGUAGAGGAUGGGUCGGACAUGUGUGGGGCGCCGGUACUUGGCUUAAGUCUUGUGGAUGUGAUUGAGUGA